AUGCCCUGCGUUCCGAACGCCGUCGUACCCUCCAGAUCAGAGCGUGUAGGGACGAAUGGAGAGAGGUUGUCCGGGUUCAUGGCACUGAAGCCGGCGAUGAUGAUAAAAGCCACGACGACGAUCUUGACUAUCGUUACGGUGUUCACAAAAGCUUUGCCAAAUCGAACGCCCAUUAACAGCACCACCAUACUCAGGAACUGGAUGAGACCACCGCUGAGAUUAGCAGACUGCAGGUUGAGCCAGUGGAAGCUCUUGUCCGGGUACUCAACGAGCAGCCACUCCUCGACCUUGUCCCCCCAGCUACGCGCAACACCAGCACCAGACACAGCGUACUCGAGAGUCAACAGCCAUGCAGCGACGACAGCAGGGAGCUCUCCAAUCACAGCUCCAUGUACGCAAGCGCAUUGA